AAGAACCACAAAACCAGGACUCGAAACGUCAAUUUCAAAAACGUUCACCCUGCUCGCUGUGUCGACUCACAAAACAGUUCUCGUUUACGUUUUCUCUGUUGUGAGAAUAAUUGUACUGGUUUAAGCAUGGCUGAGUUCCCUCCGAAUUUGGACGAUGGAGAGCGCUUUAUUCCGUCUGAUAUUUUCGUAAACGAGAAGCCAUGUUAUCGCUUUGUUGAUGACGUGGAGGACCGUUUCAAUGCCCUCUCUUUGCUUCAAAAAACUUAUCACCAUCCUCCUCCUUCUCCUCAUGAGUUUCAGUUUCAGUCCGAGCGGUUCAAGCCGCCGGUUCGGAGCACUGCACUACCUCCUGGUUACUUCGGCGGAGUCGACGGCGGUCUCCAACUUGGCCAAAGGCUUCAUCCUUACACUACGGUGUCGCUUUCAAAACCUCGUUUGGAUUUACAGUCCCUGAGACACCUACCUUCUCUGGUUGAGAGGUGCAGGGAAGCAAGCAUAACUAGGGUUUUGCAGAGACAGCAAAACCGGUUGCUGCAACAAAACCAAAAAGGGCUGGUUGUGGGAGGUGGAAUUGGGUUCAAUGGCGGUUUGGUGAGAGAAUCUGGAGGGACAGGCGUGUUUCAUCCUCGCAUUAUUGAGACUUCUAUUGCCGCUGCAACUUCCUCUGAUGCCAAGAAGAAGAUUGUGAGAAACAGGCAGGAAAAUAAGGCGAGGCAGCAGAGCAACUCCAUGAAAAGGGUAGGGGUAAGCAAACCAGAGGAUUGCCAUUAUCAUCUUCCUCCAGACAUGGGAUUGCCCAGGGACUGGACAUACUGACUCUUCUAUAUCAGUAGUACUGAGCACUAGAAUAAGAGCCUAAAAGCUCUUAGUUAUGUGAAGGGAAAGUUUAGGAUACAUAUAGAUGAAGUAUGAAGAAAUUUAUGCAGGGGUGUUACAUAGAAAGAGAUGAAAAGUCAAUAAUAAUGUGCUAGUACAUCUUUUCCUUAAAUUAUAUAUGGAGUUAGCUGAAUGUUUUAGUCAUAA